UCGAGCAUCGCUUCUCAGUGCGGAGCAGACGAGAAGUCGAGACGGACGCAUGCCGAUCUCUGCUGCACCCAUGCAUCUGUUGCUGCUGGCCGCGGCGGGAUGCUGCUUGCAAGGUGCUUGGUCCUUGCGUAUGAAAGCCUUGCAGGUCCCCGAGUCUAUAGUGGUGGGGGAGGUGGCCCGGCUAGUGUGCGUAUUCGACGAGGAACAAGACGAUCUCUACUCUGUCAAGUGGUAUAAGGAUGACGUCGAGUUCUUUCGAUUCCUGCCCAAUGACCGGCCCGCCAAUCAGUUCUUCGAAAUCGGAGACGUCGAAGUAGAUAUGAGCCGGUCUUCGAACGGAACCGUGUACCUCCAAAACACAAAUCUGAACGCAGAAGGAACGUACAGGUGCGAAGUUUCAGCCGACGCCCCUUCCUUCCGGUCCAUAUCUUCCGAAAAAUUCAUGUCCGUAGAAGAACGAGCUCCAGUCACAGCUCACUCUGCUCAACUGAACCUGUGGCCCACGAGGACGCUUGUGUCGAUGGCCUUCCUCCUCCUCUGCCACUAAGUUUGGUCUCGGGACUCC